AUGAAUUCUUCACGAAAUGCAAAUCGGUCUGGCCGGGGGCGGGGUGACCGUGGACCUCGUCGGGGAGGCUUCUCUGACCGUGAUAGAAAUCUCAAGGAUGUCCCAAACAUUCAACAGGUCUUUCCAGGCGCAUCGGUCUCCAUCGUCCUGAAGCCGGACCAACCAACUGGUCGUGAGGUACAAGGUACUGUCGUGGAGGUCUUGACGUCCGGCAACCAUCCGCGAGGUAUCAAAGUUCGUCUAGGAGAUGGCCGAGUCGGUCGCGUUCAGAGGAUUGUCAGUGAGGAAACUGCGAAAGCAGGCGCAGAAGGGUUGAGUGGACUUGGAAGAAAUGGCGAAUCAUCUGGAGAAUCUCGUAUUGCUACCACAAUGCCGAGCGGUUUUACACAUCGCAAGUAUGGAGACUACCGCAUAGAUGUGCCGGACGAACCUCCUUCAAACGAGCUAUCCCUUUCCGAUUAUGUCGUUGUCAAAACUGCGAAGAAAGGCAAGGGGAAAAAGAAGAGUACCGAGGAGACCGAUGCGGUUAUCAACGACGGGGAUUCCACGACGCUAUCUGCACCAGCCUUGGUGACUUCUAAAUGUCCUGUCUGCGGUGACUUUGAAGGAGAUGAAGCCGCCGUAGCUCACCACGUUAAUGAGCAUUUUGAUUGA